GGGGGAGGGAGGAUCUCUGUCUUCUCUCUGUCCCCUGGCCCUCGUACAAGAAGCUACUCCUCUUCAGUGUUCCCUCCUGCUUCGGGGACCCCCUGCCUGGCAAUUCAGGAGGCAGGGGCUUCUCAGCCUCCACACAAUGCCUUACCCACCCCAGCCACACCCUCAACACGGGCCCAUUCCACAAUGACACCCACCUCUGCUUCCCCCACGUGGGGGUCCCACUCCACCCCCGCCCUGUCCUUGGUCACUCCCCCACCCUCCUGCCGGUGCCCCCAGGACCAUCCUGGGCUGCGGAUAGGCCCUCUGAUCCCUGAGCAGGAUUAUGAACGGCUAGAGGACUGUGACCCUGAGGGGUCGCAAGACUCACCCCUCCAUGGGGAGGACCAUCAGCCCUUGCUUCAUGUGCCUGAAGGACUCCGUGGCUCCUGGCAUCACAUCCAGAACCUGGACAGUUUCUUCACCAAGAUUUACAGCUACCACCAGAGGAAUGGGUUUGCCUGUAUCCUGCUGGAGGAUGUCUUCCAGCUGGGACAGUUCAUUUUCAUUGUCACCUUCACAACCUUCCUCCUUCGCUGUGUGGAUUACAAUGUUCUCUUCAACAACCAACCAAAGAACCGUACAAGACCUGGGCCAUUCCACAGCAAAGUGACCUUGUCAGAUGCCAUUCUACCCUCAGCCCAGUGUGCAGAGAAGAUCCGUGACAGUCCCCUGCUGGUCUUCCUCCUAGUCUUGGCUGCCGGCUUCUGGCUGUUCCAGCUGCUUCGCUCAGUCUGCAACCUCUUCAGCUACUGGGACAUCCAGGAGGAGCUCAGCUCUGUAUCCUGGGCCGAGGUGCAGGCCCGCCUCCUGGAGCUGCAGAGGAGUGGUGGGCUGUGUGUUCAGCCGCGGCCGCUGACGGAACUGGACGUCCACCACCGCAUCCUACGCUACACCAACUACCAGGUGGCUCUUGCCAACAAGGGUCUGCUGCCCGCCCGCUGCCCGCUGCCCUGGGGGGGCAGCGCAGCCUUCCUCAGUCGCGGCCUGGCGCUCAACGUGGACCUGCUGCUCUUCCGCGGUCCCUUCUCCCUCUUCCGCGGGGGCUGGGAGCUCCCCGAAGCCUACAAGCGCAGCGACCUCCGGGGCGUCCUGGCCGCCCGCUGGCGGCGCACCGUGCUGCUGCUGGCCGCCGUGAACUUGGCGCUGAGCCCGCUGGUGCUGGCCUGGCAGGUGCUGCACGCUUUCUACAGCCACGUGGAGCUGCUGCGGCGCGAGCCCGGCGCCUUCGGGGCGCGCCGCUGGUCCCGCCUGGCCCGCCUGCAGCUGCGCCACUUCAACGAGCUGCCGCAUGAGCUGCGCGCCCGCCUGGCCCGCGCCUACCGGCCGGCGACCGCCUUCCUGCGCGCGGCCGAGCCCCCCGCGCCCCUGCGCGCGCUGCUGGCCCGCCAGCUGGUCUUCUUCUCCGGGGCGCUCUUGGCCGCGCUGCUGGUGCUCACGGUCUACGACGAGGACGUGCUGGCCGUGGAGCACGUGCUCACCACCAUGACGGUGCUCGGGGUCACAGCCACCGUGGCCAGGUCCUUCAUUCCAGAGGAGCAAUGCCAGAGUCGGUCCCCUCAGCUCCUGCUGCAGUCGGCCCUGGCACACAUGCAUUACCUCCCGGAGGAGCCUGGCGCGGCGGGUGCUCGGGCCAGCUCUUACUGGCAGAUGGCGCAGCUGCUUCAGUACCGAGCAGUCUCGCUCUUGGAAGAGCUCCUCUCUCCACUCCUCACCCCGCUGUUUCUGCUCUUCUGGUUCCGCCCCCGUGCUCUGGAGAUCAUUGACUUUUUCCACCAUUUCACCGUGGAUGUGGCUGGUGUUGGGGACAUCUGCUCUUUUGCGUUAAUGGAUGUGAAGCGCCACGGGCACCCUCAGUGGCUCUCAGAGGGACAGACGGAGGCCUCACUUUCUCAGCGUGCAGAGGAUGGGAAGACCGAGCUCUCCUUAAUGCGGUUCUCCCUGGCACAUCCACAAUGGCAGCCGCCAGGGCACAGCUCUAAGUUCCUUGGACACCUUCGGGGCCGGGUCCAACAAGAUGCAGCUGCCUGGGUCGCCCCGGCAACACGAAGCCCUCCCACCCCAGGGGUGCUCAGUGACUGUACGUCCCCUCUGCCAGAAGCCUUCCUGGCCAACCUCUUGGUGAAUCCCCGCCCACCCCAGACGGAUCUGAGUCCCACAGCAACCUGCCCUGCUGCUGCCACAGCCAGCCUCCUUGCCUCUAUUUCAAGAAUGGUCCAGGACCCAAGCUGUGUGUCCCCAGGAGGCACUGGGGGCCAGAAGCUGACACAGCUCCCAGAGCUUGUUUCUGCUGAGAUGAGCCUCCACGCCAUUUACCUACAUCAGCUUCAUCAACAGCAGCAGCAGGAACUAUGGGGAGAGGCUUCAGCCUCUUCCCCAUCCAGACCCUGGUCCAGUCCUUCACAGCCAGGCUCACCCAAGGAGGAGAAGCCAUCUUGGUCAAGUGAUGGUUCCAGCCCUGCUUCUAGCCCAAGACAACAGUGGGGCCCCCAGAGGGCCCGAAAUCUAUUCCCAAGGGGUUUUCAGGAGGCCACAGACACCCAGAAGGAGCCCCUACCUGGCUCCUUGCACUGACUGAGGACACCUCAGGUUCUGGCUUUUCCAGCUGCAGGAGAUUGGAUGGGGUGGCAUGGAAGGAUGCCCAGAGCCAUCUUCUGAACCCCAUCCCCACCCCAGAUGACAGGCCCAGACUACGUCAGUUGGUCAUAUCUGGGAGUCAAAGAGGAGCUUGCCCCGAGAACAGAGAAAGAGUAGGAGAUGACUGUGAGCUGAGGUAGCUUAAAGACAGGCCCCACAGUAAGGCACUAGCCCCAACUGGUAGCUGUGGAGCAGUCGCCUGGGAAGAACCUCCUCCCCUCCAGUGUCCUCAAGGUGGAAGACAGGGUCCAGGCAGUGGCCACACUCAGGGUUAGGGAGCAGUGAGGCACUUGGCCUGAAAGGCAAGUUCCUGUUGGCCUCCCCUUUGAGUUCCUGUGGGACUAGGGGUGGGGGAUAUGGAGACUGGUGAGUGGAAAAACCGGAGGGCUGCUGGUUUUGGACUGCAGCAGUCCUGUGACGCCACAGGAAGUGGGUGGGGCUCCCCAUCCUGUGUGAAAAAAGUAGCAAAGAUUGCUCACGGCUGUGCUGUACAUCUUUGCCAUGGGAAUGUCUAGCAUGCCCCACUCCUGGAGGCUGAGGGCUGCACCUGGUCACUCAAUCACAGAACUGUCUGUGCUUGAGUUUGAUAUUCAUCUGCUUUGAAACUUUUUCAGAGUACUGGGUCACAGAGAGGUGUCUAGAACUCACUGUCAAAGAAUUACUAUCCCAACAUCUUUACACAUUAAAG